CUUCUUUAUACAUUAUUUGUUGCUUAUUCUCCCUUAACUUUUUGAAUAAAUCAACUAUAUAAACACCCUUUAUAAAAAAUGAGAGAAGUUAUUUCUAUUCACGUUGGUCAAGCUGGUGUCCAAAUUGGUAACGCCUGUUGGGAACUUUACUGUCUUGAACAUGGUAUUCAACCCGAUGGUCAUAUUCCUGAGGAAAACAACACUGGUGACAACUCCUUUGAUACUUUCUUCAGUGAGACUAGCUCUGGUAAGCACGUUCCUCGUACCGUCAUGGUCGAUUUGGAACCUACUGUUGUCGAUGAAGUUCGUACUGGUGCCUACCGUCAAUUAUUCCACCCUGAACAAUUGAUUACUGGUAAGGAAGAUGCUGCUAACAACUAUGCUCGUGGUCAUUACACCGUGGGUAAGGAGUUAGUUGACUCUGUUCUUGAUCGUAUCCGCAAGUUGGCCGAUAACUGUACUGGUCUUCAAGGUUUCCUUGUUUUCCACUCCUUCGGUGGUGGUACUGGUUCUGGUUUCGGUGCUCUCUUGAUGGAACGUCUUUCUGUUGAUUACGGUAAGAAGUCCAAGCUUGAGUUCUCUGUCUACCCUGCCCCUCAAGUUGCUACCUCCGUUGUUGAACCUUACAACUCCAUCUUGACCACUCAUACCACCCUUGAACACUCUGAUGUCUCCUUUAUGGUCGAUAACGAAGCUAUCUAUGAUAUCUGUCGUCGUAACUUGGAUAUCGAGCGUCCUUCUUAUACCAACUUGAAUCGUUUGAUUGCUCAAGUCGUUUCUUCCAUCACUGCCUCUCUUCGUUUCGAUGGUUCUCUUAACGUUGAUUUGAACGAGUUCCAAACUAACUUGGUUCCUUAUCCUCGUAUUCAUUUCCCCUUGGUUACCUAUGCUCCCAUCAUCUCCUCUGCUAAGGCUUACCAUGAACAAUUAUCUGUUCAAGAGAUCACUAACGCUUGUUUCGAGCCCAAUAACCAAAUGGUCAAGUGUGAUCCUCGUCACGGUAAAUACAUGUCUUGUUGUUUGUUGUAUCGUGGUGAUGUUGUCCCCAAGGACACCAACGCCGCUAUCUCUUCCAUCAAGACCAAGCGUACCAUUCAAUUCGUUGAUUGGUGUCCUACCGGUUUCAAGGUCGGUAUCAACUGUCGUGCUCCUGCUGCCGUCCCCGGUGGUGAUUUGGCCACUGUUCAACGUGCUCUCUGUAUGUUGUCUAACACCACUGCCAUUGCUGAAGCUUGGGCUCGUCUUGAUCACAAGUUCGAUCUUAUGUAUGCCAAGCGUGCUUUCGUCCAUUGGUACGUUGGUGAAGGUAUGGAAGAAGGUGAAUUCUCUGAAGCUCGUGAAGAUUUGGCUGCUCUUGAAAAGGAUUACGAGGAGGUUGGUUCCGACUCCUUGGGCGAUUCUGAAAUUGAAGAUGCUGAGGAAUAUUAAACAAAAGGCAAUCUUUUUUUUUUUAAAAAAAAAUGAUUUAUUUUAAUUAUCAAUAAUAAUAAAAAAAAAGGGAAAGAGGAAGAGAGAGUGAUCUCUUUUAUUCUUCUCUAGUUUUAUUUGUUUCAA